AUGAUAAACUCAGACUCAGCAAAAGAUCUACUAGAUACUUUCAAUUCAGAUACUAUAUCCAAUAAUGCAAAAUUUGAACAUAUCCAAUCACUUAAAACUCAUAUAAAAAAAGACUCAAUAGACUUAUUGAAAGUACCAAUUUAUUUACAAAUAAUAAUGAAAGGAUUAGAAUUAAAUGAUUCAAGAAUCACUAGUGUUAGCUUUAACUCAUUAUCAUAUUUAAUCAAAAGAAUUAGUGUCCAAGAUAAAUCAGGUAAAAUAUUAAAAGAUCAGAGUUUUUUGAUUCUCCCAAUUUUAAUAAAUAAACUUGGAAGUAGUAAUACAUCAGUUGCCAAAAAGGCGCUUGAAGACUAUUGGUUAAGCUCUCCUAAUGAAGUUGAAAAGGCUUUGAAUGAAAUAUCAUUCAAUACAAAUAACAAACAACUUAUCAUUGAAUCAAUACGGUGGAUAAUUCAAAUUGUUAAAGACAUAAGUAAAAAAUUUAAUAUUGCUUACUUUAUUCCUGAUAUUAUCCGAUCAUUAUCAAAUAUUUCAAAUGACAAAGAAUUAAUUGAUACCGUAAACAGUUUAAUGGAUAUUUUCGUUCAAAAUUCAAAUGAUACCGAUGCUGCAAAUCAUAUUCAAGAUCAGUUUGAUUUAUUUAAUAUACCACAUAAUGGAGUAUCAAUCACACUACCAAGAAGCAAAUCAAAUUCAGCAGCAUCAACAUCAACGAUCAACCAACUGAUUUCCAGCAAUUUUGGCAAAAGCAAUGGAUCUUUUACCAAACCUUCUGCUGUUGAGGAAUUUCCCAAAAUACGUGAAAACAAAAGUCAAGAAGUCCAACCAUUUGAAGCAAAAUUAUCUGAAUUAUUACUAAAAAAUAAGUAUGAGCUUGAAUCCCUGAUUGGUCUGAAGGAAAUUCUAAAUGCAACAGAAUUAUACAAUAUUUUUGAUUCAUACAUCAAUCAUUUCGAAGGAAAAGAAACAGAAUCUAAUUGGAAAUUGAGAGAAAAAGAUAUUGUCGAGGUAAGAGGUAUUAUUAGAGGAUCAGCUUCAAUUAAGUUUAUAUCGGAUUUGAUAUCUUGUCUAAAAAACUUUGCAGUUCCACUUUGUAAAGGUGCAAGUUCAUUGAGAACUACAUUAUGUACCCAUAGUUGUCAAUUAAUUAAAGAGUGUGCAAUAAUUUUCGAAGUAGAAUUUGAUGCAUGUGCUGAAUUGAUUUUUCCAACAUUAAUGAAACAAUGUUUAUCAACUAAAAACAUAACAUCAUCUAAUGCAAAUAUGGCAGUUGCUGCAUUCUAUGCAAAUCUACCUUAUAAUCAAAGACUAUUAAAUAAAAUUUCGAGUUCAAUGGCUGAAAGAAAUCAUCAACCAAGACUAUUUUCCACAUUGUGGUUACAAAUUUUACUUUUAAGGUACUCAUUAGAUAAUUCAUUUUUUGGUCAUCAUUUACCACAUGUAAUAGAUAUAUCAAAUAAACUAUUAAUUAAAUUAUUAAAAGAUGCAAACCCCAAUGUCAGACAAAUGGCAAAAGAUUAUUAUUGGUGUUAUUCGCAAAUACUCCCAGAGGAAUCCGAGAAACUUGUUAAAAGACUAGACUCAAGUACUGUUAAAGCACUAGAAAGAUCUCAACGUGAAUUUAGUUUUACAACCACUACACCAACCACAAGAGUGUUAACUUCAAGAUCCUCAAGACCUUCAUUGAGAGAGCCAAUGUCAAUGUUAAUGUCUGAGAGAGCUAGAGAAACAAAACAAGAACGCUCUUCGUCUCGAAUGGAAUCAAGAGAAUCCUCACAUAAUCCAUCUGUAUUAUCAUUACCUAAGAGAAAUCCAAAACUCGACAAUAAACCACCACAUAUAACUAAUAGACCAUCACCAAGAGCAUCAAGUUGGAAUCCACAACCAAAACCAACUAAUUCAGCUGAGAGAGAAAGAAGUAGAACAGAAGUUCUAAAGACGUCACCAUUGGAAAAUGAAGAAAUAGUAAAAAAUUCACCAAAAUUAGAAUCAAAAGAACCGUUAAAGAACAGACAUGAAAUAAUGAUUGAGUACUUUGCAUCAAAGGAUGCAGAUAAAAUUUACGAAGGUGUAAUAAUGCUAAUUUCAGCAAUCUACAAUAAAGAUGAUUUCACAAAUUCAUACACAUUAAAGAGUAAAUUAAGAUACAUUAGUGAAAAAGAUCCAUUUUUAUUGAAACAAUUAUUUCCUUCUACAAAUAAUGAGUUAUUCAGAAAAAGCUCUAAAUUAUUCUCCAUUGAAGAUUUUAAUAGAACCUGUUGUAUUUUAUUUAAUGAUCUUGAUCAAAAUGUUGUUGACUUAAUAUGUUCAUGCUAUGAGUUACUGGAUUUUAUUGAUACACACUUGAAAUUACUAAAUUAUACAAUCGAAUAUCCAAAUAUUCCUGGAAAUAACAACUUUAAAUUGCAAAUAUCGAAUUACCAAUUCAAAAUUGCUCAGCUGUGUUUACAAGCUCUUCUGAUUGUUUUCAUAAAUUCCCCAAUCACAGAUGUUCAAUUUGGCGAAAUUUUCCACACCUUGGUUUCAUUAAUUAUGGUUUCAAAACAACAUCUGAAGACUUUUUAUCUUUUGAAGCAAUUGUUUUGUCAAUUAUAUUCAAACGAUUGUAAUAAAUUUUUGCUGUUGCUAGAUGAUAUUGAAUUUAAUUUAAAAGAUGAAGUGGAAUUAAUUGUUGGAAUCGAUAACAAUAUCAUGACGGUGAUUGAAAAACCUUUAGAUAAUUCUGUAUUUGAAAUGACUGAAAUUAAUCCUGGUAAAAUUGAAAUUUUUGAACCUAAAGAGUCUUCGAAUGGUGGUUUUACUAUGGUGGUACCUCACAGAAAUUCAAAUGACUUGUUAGAUCAUGAGGAAGCUGAAGAUGAGGAUAUGAAAGAUGAACCACAAGCAAUACACGAACUGAACGAUAUUGAUGACCCAUUUAUUGAAACUUCAUUUCACGGUAAACCUUUCAAAUUGGUCAAACAUAGAUAUUCCACGGAAAAAGAAGAUCAAGGUGGAAUAAGUCAUCAAUCAAGUGAAACUUUGAAUUCAAUUAAUUCCAAAAAAUCAGAAUCAUUAGUUGAUGAAUUUUCUCAAAUAAAUAUUGCACCGCCACCUUUCCUGGUUCAUCAUAAUCGUAAAUCUAGUCCAACCAGAUCACCUACCAUUGAGUCAUUACAAACAAUGAUUGAGAAAGUAGAUCCAUUAAAUCCAAUUUCAAAUAAAAUUCGUAAAAUUAGUAUUUAUGAAGACAAUGAUUGUAAAAAGACUAGUGAGAAUGGUUAUAAUAACUCCAAUGGUAAAUUAUAUAUGAACAAUAACCAUCAAGAUUGGAAUUGGGAAAAUAUCACGUACAAUGUAAACUCAUUUAAAUUCAAUAAUUUUAACAUUGGUAAUAUUUCAUCAGUUGAACAAUUUGAGUUUAGUUGUGUCAAAUUGGCCAAUUUUAUUGUAAACAACUCUGAAGAAGAGGAAGAAAUCAAUGGAGUAAUAUCAAAUUUAUCAUCAACAUUAGAAAGCUUGACUACUACAAAUUAUGAAUUUAGAGAAUUUUUCUUAAAAAAUGGUAAGCACAAAUUAUCCAAUUCUUUGAUUUCAUUUUCCAAAAAUUAUAAAUUUGCAAAUAACACUAAUAAUGGCAACAAUGGAAAUUCUGAGGAAAUUUAUCAACAACAACUGCAGAGAAUACUUGACUUUUUAUAUCUUUUGAAAUUAAUAUUAAAAUAUGAUGAAUUAAUUGAUCUUCAUCAAGUAUGGGAAGUAUUAAAUAAAUUAAAUUCAUUAAUCAAAAUCGAAAAUCAAUUAUAUUAUGCAUGGAUUGAAAUUUUACAACAAAUUAAUUCAAACAACAAUUUAAAUCAAAAAAUGUAUGAAAUAAUAAUUGAAAGUUUUGAAAAAUUAUCAACAGAAUCAACAAAUAACGAAUUUCCAAAAAAUUCCCAGAUUAUAAUAAAUUUAUCAUUAAUUUACUUAUCAAAUUUCAUAAACAACUUGGAAUUUUUAAAUCAAGAAGAAAUAAACUUGAAAAAAUUAGAUUUAUUAUUAGGAAAUUUUUUCAACCUGAAUGAUAUAAAUUUGCGAAAAAACUCAAUCAUAUGUUAUAGUAAAUUGUUUAAAAUUUCUUCAAAUUUUGAUUUUAAAACUGUUGAAGUCUUGAAUCAGUUAAAGAAAAAAUAUUCAAUUUCUCAACAAAGGCUUAUUGAAUUUUAUAGUCAAAAAUAA